UUGCGCAUUACGUGCUGCUUUUUGAGCGCGAGGGUGGUUAACGGCUGUAACUCGCCUGUAUCAGGUGGAGAACGAGAGGUGGUGGGGUGAAGGCAUCUCGAAGGGCUAAAACUGGGGGAUACACCAACAUUAUCCAAAGAGCUAUGUGCAGUUGUAAUAUGCGUUCAAUGAUUUGGAUUUAGACCUGCGACAAUGGUAUCGAGGUUUGUAGGUCAUACCAAAUGGGAGAUAUUCUUUAUUCUGCAAGAAAGCUGCAAAGGAAUUUUAAUAGGCCCAGAAGGUUGGAGAUGAAGUUUCAUCGUCAAGUCUAAAUGGGUGAUCCAGAGAAAGGAAAAAAAAUCUUUGUACAGAAGUGUGUUGUGUGCCACACAAUUGAAAAAGAUGGAAAACAUAUGGUUGGCCCAAACCUCUGGGGUCUUUUUGGGCGUAAGACCGGAUCAGCUGCAGGAUAUGCCUACACUGAUGCAAAUAAGAAUAAAGGCAUCAUAUGGGGAGAAAGCACUCUAAUGGAAUAUUUGGAGAACCCCAAAAAAUAUAUUCCUGGAACAAAAAUGCUGUUUGCUGGUAUCAAGAAGAAAAGUGAACGUGCUGACCUCAUUGCUUAUUUAAAGCAAUCAUUGUCAUAGUAAAAACUUUAAUGAAAUGCUUAAUUUAAUUUUGAAAUGUACAUUUUUGUUAGUCAUCCAAAAAUUUAGUCAGGAGUAAAUCACUUAAGUAGUUCAUGUGCUUCUCUUUGUUAAGUGCUAACUUGUUAGUUGUUUCUUCCUACUGCAAUGGAAAUGAUUUGAAUGUGUAACAAACUUU